AUGUCUUGCUACAGCGAGUCCUGCAGACCCUGUGGGGUGACCUGCUCUCAGCCGAUUGCUGAGAGCUACAAUGAGCCGUGUGUGCAGCAAUGCCCUGACUCCAGAGCAGUGAUCUUCCCCCCACCAGCUGUGGUGACGGUCCCGGGCCCCAUACUCAGCUCUUUUCCUCAGGAGAGCCUUGUGGGAUCAUCAGGCCCGGCCUGGUUGGGGAGUUCCUUCAGUUCCCAAAGCUCGCAGGGCUAUGGGGGCUCCUUUGGCUUGGGGGGCUAUGGGGGUUCCUUAGGCUAUGGGAGCUCACGGAGUUAUGGGGGCUCCUUCGGUUUUGGAGGCUAUGGGGGCUCCCUGGGCUUGGGGGGCUCCUCUGGGUAUGGGGGCCGCCAGGGCGCAGGUCUUUAUUCAAUAGGUACUCUGCAGAAGUUUUCUGUCAGUGCAAUGUGA